AUGGACGCUUUAAAGAAGUUCGCUGGUAACCAGUCGGGAAGCACUGGUAACAACAACGCCCAACCAACUGGUGAGAAGAAGGACCUCGGAGACAAGAUCGCCGGGUUCGUAAACAAGAAGGAGGGUAACAAGCUCUCGGAUCAACAGCUUGAGACAGGCACGGACAAACUCCGUGGGAUGUACGAAAAGUCUACUGGCAACAAGGUCGACCCCCGUAUCUCCAACUAG